AUGGACCCUUGGAGGCCAGCUCUCGUUCCAAUAGCGCCCCGGACACAUAUUGAUAGUGUUGAAGUCAUUCCUAGUAUGACCGCUACUAAGAUUGGCACCCAACAGUUCAGGAGCCUUCAAGAAGCAAUCCGCUUUAUUGAAAAUCAUCCAAUCCAGCAGCGUUAUGGGUUGCAAAUGCAAUUAAUGCAAGGAUUGAUGUCAGCCAACCAGUUACUUGAAGACAUCAUUACUGAAUUUUAUGACUAUGUCAAAUCGUCAAGCGCAUGGGAGCAAGUGGGUCAAGUCCAGUUUGCCAGCGAUUUUCAAGAGUCUAAAACGGUUAUGGAACGGGCGUUGAAACGGCGCUCAGACAUUUCCUGCAUCAAGGAUCGUCUCAUUAGUAACUGGGGCACUGAAAGGAUUGAAGGCCUCUGGAGACAUAUCAAAAGCUUAUGGACAGCUCAAAGGGCUAGACGAGCAUUGAAUAAGUUUAGCGACUGGGACGCGUUCGUCCACCGGUUAAAUGUAUCCAUUCUUCUUCGACUUAACGCGGAAGGAGCAGGCCACCGUCGCACUGUUAAUGUGAUACCAGGUGACUUUGACUACGCAUUUGACAAUGCUAGCAAUGACAUUGCGCCAGUAAAUCUUCAGGACAUUCGACGAUUAGGAUUAGAUGUUGGCCCACAAGGGAUUUUACAGCAACUUAACCUCCCAGAGAAUUACAAGCAGCCUGUACAACGCCAAAUCAGGAGCAAUAGACCAGAGGUUGUCCCACAGUUGAUUCUGGAGCAACUUAACCUCUCAGAGAAUUACAACCAGCCUGGACGACUAGACGUUGGCCCACAAGUGAUUCUGCAGCAACUUAACCUCCCAGAGAAUUACAACCAGCCCGUACAACGCCAAACUAGGAGCAAUGCUAGUGGCGCCCCGGAAAGGAUGGAGCUUGCCGAAGACCAGGCUACGGAUGCGCUUCAAAGCGUAUCUCGCCCGCGCGGAAAUAAAUGGCGCUUGCUUAGCUGCUGCUUGAUGAAUUUUGGAAACGGCCUAAACGAUAGUGCCCCUGGAGCCUUAAUCCCGUAUAUGGAGAAAGAAUAUGAUAUCGGCUACGCCGUUGUUUCCCUCGUGUUCGUCACAAACGCGUUGGGGUUUAUCCUCGCUGCACCGUGCACCGACUUCCUUGAAGCUCGUCUAGGUCGUGCUCGAAGUUAUGCUCUGUCAUUGUCAAUGGUCGCUGUUGCCCACGCCGUUAUGAUUGCAAAGCCUCCGUUCCCGGUAGUCAUGACAUGUUUCUUUUUCAUUGGAUUUGGACUCACGGUUAAUCUUGCACUUAACAAUGUGUUCUGUGCAAAUCUCGUCAACAAUACGGCUGCGCUUGGAGGUCUUCACGGCGGCUACGGUGUUGGAGGCACGGUCUCACCAUUGGCUGCAACUGCAAUCACAGCAAGUGGUAUUCGCUGGAGCAUGUUUUAUAUCAUCCCAUUGGCUGUAGGGCUGGCCAAUAUCGCAUUCUCAGCAUGGUCUUUCCGAGAAUACGUGGAAGACCAAUCGGCAGCUGGGGACCAGCGAACAUCUUCCGAAAGACCAGCACAGAGCGCCCAACUCAGUAGAGGCCGUUUGCUCAAAGAAGCAAUAAAGAAUAGAGUUACACUUCUGGGUGCUUUAUUCAUAUUUGCUUACCAAGGUGCUGAAGUUUCCAUCUCUGGAUGGGCUGUGUCCUUCCUUGUUUCCUACCGUGGAGCGGAUAUUGCCAAAGUCGGAUAUGUCAGCACUGGCUUUUGGGCUGGUAUUACCGUUGGCCGAUUCUUACUAUCCCAUCCGGCUCAAAAGCUGGGAAGGAAGACGUCUGUGGUUGGCCUUAUUAUCGGGUCGGCCGCUUUCCAGUUGGUGGUCUGGUUGGUCCCAAAUGUCAUAGGUGAUGCGAUUGCACUCGCCAUUGUUGGUCUUCUGUUAGGCCCGGUCUAUCCGUGCGCCGCGGCGGUUUUCAGCACGCUGCUUCCACGCGGAAUCCAACUUUCGAGCCUUGGCUUUAUCAGUGCCAUGGGCAGUAGCGGCGGUGCAGUGGCCCCGUUUUUUACAGGUCUCCUGGCGCAAAAGCUCGGCACGGUAGUACUGCAUCCUAUCUGUAUUGCGUUACACGUAAACAUCGCAGGCGGUGUUAGGAGUUUCCGCUCUCAGGUCAUGACCAUUGGCAAGCAUGCCGCCAUUCCUAUUGGAUGGUAG